AUGAGCGAACGUCUCUCGGCAGGUCUUGCAGUCUCGCUGUUCUCAGUGCGAUGGUUCCCACUUGAGUCCUCAUCAGGCCGCCUCGCCUUGCGGCUGCACGGAAAUGGCAUACAGUUCCACAUUCUUAUUCAAGGAAUGCCAGCAAAUCCGGUGUCUGUAAUCUGUGGUAUUGGCGAAGAUCUACCAAUACCUAAAUGGUGUUACGUUUCCAUUGUUACAAUGGAAGGGAAAAAAAAAUUAUCAGGCUGGCAAAACAAGAAAAGAAAGGCAGCAAAAGAGGAGGCCCUCAAAAAACAAGCUGGUGCACUUUAUAAUUAUAUAAAAAAAGCAAAAAGUACUAUUGACAACACACAAACUGAAGACAUUGAAUCUGGUACUUCUACAAGUGAGAACGUCCAGUUGGAUGAAGACCAAGAAAGUACCUCUACAAUUGAAUUAUCACGAAAAGAAGAAAGUCUACCAAUUACUUCAACAAGUCAGUACCCACAACUGGAAGAAAAUGUAGCUAGCACUUCUGAAACUAGCCAAGAUCUGUAUGGCAUAACAGAAGAAGAUAUAGCGACAGGAGACGAAACAAACCAAACAGGGGAAGAAACAAAUUUACCAUUAUCAUCAUCGCAUUCUCUUCAGUUAGAGAAUCCAGCUAAAUGGCCCAAAAUCACAGACAAAAUAAGAAUGAUUCUUAUAGAAGCAGGCCCUAUUCAGAAAAAAAACAUUGUUUACCCUAUGGAUGCCAAUAGACGGAAGUUCAGCAACACGUACUAUAAUCGUAAAAUGGAAAAUGGUGAAUUACUGCCAAGGCCUUGGCUAGUUUAUUCAGCAGAUAAAGAUUGUGUUUUUUGCUUCUGCUGCAAAUUAUUUUCACCAUCAGAUACAAGUGGCUCUUCCAGCUUUGUAUCUAUGGGCUAUAAUCGAUGGCAGAGUUUAUCCAAAGCUCUUCAUGCACACGAAACAAGUCUGAGUCACAUACAACAUUUGAAGACAUGGUAUGACUUACAAAAAAAUCUGAAGAAUAAGUCCACACUAGAUUCCCAAAAUCAACGAUUGUUCGAACUAGAAAAGAAACAUUGGAUCGAUGUAAUAACAAGACUUAUUGAAAUGAUUAAAUAUCUUGGUUCUCAGUGUCUUGCACUAAUAGGUUCAUCUGAUAAAAUCUACCAGAAGAACAAUGGACAUUUUCUGAAACUAGUGGAACUAUUUGGAAAAUUUGAUCCUGUUAUCGCUACUCAUAUAGAGAGAACAAUCCGGACAGAAUCGAAAGUUCAUUAUUUAAGCAAGGAUAUUCAAAAUGAAAUGAUUGAAUUACUGGGCAAUGCCAUCACAGAAAAGAUUGUUUCUUCUAUCAAGGAGGCCAGAUAUUUUUCAAUCAUUCUGGACUGUACACCAGACAUUAGCCACACUGAGCAAAUGACUGUUGUCAUACGUUUUGUUUCGUGCAAGGAAAACAAUGUUCUAAUUGAAGAACACUUUUUGGGUUUCCUUGAAGUGGAUAAUUCAAGUGGUGAAGGCUUGUGUGAGAUCAUUCUGACUAAAAUGUCUUCCUGGAAUCUUAAUAUAGAGAAUAUUAGAGGACAAGGCUACGACAAUGGUGCCAAUAUGCGAGGAAAAAAGAUUGGCUUGCAAAAAUUAAUUUUAAACAAGAACCCACGUGCCUUCUAUGAGCCCUGUGCUGCUCACAGCCUUAAUUUGGUUGUAAAUGAUGCCGCCAAAGUCAAUUGUGAAACAGUCAGCUUUUUUGGAACUGUUCAAGAGAUAUUUAAGUUUUUCUCAGCAUCUGUGAAGCGUUGGGGAGUUCUCAAGAAACAUAUUUCGUCCUUGACACUUAAGCCUGUAUAUGAAACAAGGUGGGAAAGUCACAUUGAUGCUCUACGGCCACUCAGAUAUCAAACUGGAGAAAUUUAUGACUCGUUAUACGAAAUCUUUUGUGAUGAAAAAUUUGAUAGAGAUUCAAGAAAUCAAGCCAAGAAUUUCUGCUCCAGUUUAAAGGAUUUCCAAUUCUUGUGCUCCCUUGUACUAUGGCAUGACCUGCUAAAUCAUAUUAAUCCUGUGAGCAAGAUGCUUCAAAAUGCUGGGGAAAAUAUUUCCAUUGCUUUGACUGCAAUUGAUAAUUUAAGAGUUUUUGUUUCUGACUACCGCACAGAUGCAAGUUACGAGUCUUUGCUUGAAACUUCCAGACAGCUAUGCCAAGAUCUUGAUGGGGAGCCUCAAUUUAAACCUGCUUCAAAAAUAUGUCAAAGAAGAAAGGCUACACAAUUUGAUUAUGAGCACGCAGAUGAAUACCCUCAAGCUCCUGCAGAUGUAUUCCGAGUUAAUUUUUUCUACACUGUUUUAGAUGUAGUGAUGUCAUCCCUCAAGGAAAGAUUUGAACAGUUGCAGCAACAUACCAAUAGAUUCAAGUUUUUAUAUGACCUAAAGAACAUUGCUGAACAAGACAAAGAAAAUUUGAGACAGCAGUGCAUUAACUUGGAAAACCACUUAUCAGAUGGUGGUAACAGAGACAUCAAUGGAAACAAAUUAUUCGAUGAACUGUGUGCCUUCAGGGAUCUGUUUUCAACAGAAUUGGAAAAUUUAGAAAAUCCAUAUGAAGCAAUUAAGUUUAUACAUUCCAAUGAACUGUCAUUCCCAAAUUUAAAAAUUGCAUUCAGAAUAUUACUAACUCUUCCGGUUAGUGUGGCAAGUGGAGAAAGAUCUUUUUCCAGGUUAAAAUUAAUAAAAAACUAUUUGCGAUCAAGCAUUUCACAGGAGAGGCUUGUCAGUCUCUCAAUGGUUGCUAUUGAGUGUGAUGUUUGUGACCAGCUGAAAAUUGAAGAAUUGGUAUCAAAGUUUGCAAGUAUGAAAGCACGCAGGGCUAAAUGGCUGUAA